AUGCUUUGUAUCAUCCCAUCCCACCCGCUCCCAUCGUCUCCAUCUGCUCGGCUCCUCGCCUGCAGCUACGGUCGCUUUGAGGUGCUCUCGGGCUUUGUGAAUGCGGUCUUUCUCGUGCUCAUCGCUGCACUCAUCGUCUUUGAGUCCAUUGAAAGUCAAACCAACAGCUUGAUUAUUUCAGAGCCUGCUUUAGAGCUCGCUUUUGAGCGUGCUUUAGAGCCUCAAUCCUGCCUUCCUUUCUGUCUAGAUCCUGGCUUCUUCACCCUCUUGCCUUCCUCUUGUUGUCCCUUCUCGCUCCCUCUUUCUCGCUCCAGAAUCCUGGACCCACCAGACAUAUCAACAGCGAACCUGCUGGCAGUGUCUGUGGGAGGCCUGGUGGUGAACAUGGCUCUCCGCUCUUUCUUGCUCCCCACAUGCUGCUUCGUUUCCUCUAGUCAUAAUCGCUCGUGUUCUCCUUCUAUCCCUUUGCUCCUGCUGCCCAGCACUCACUCUCGAAUCCUUCCCACCCAUCGCCUCCUUGCAGGAAUCUUCCUGCACGUGUUGGCAGACACACUGGGCAGUGUGGGGGUGGUGAUAUCAACGCUGCUCAUCAAGUACAAGGGAUGGAUGCUCACAGACCCGAUCGAGACGAUGGCAGGAGUGGUGGCGGUGCGGCAACGGCACUUCUGGUCCUUCACUCCCAAGAUGCUAGUGGGCUCCAUUCACGUGCUCAUCUCUCCAGAUAGCCUCAAAAAUAGGGCCAAGGAGGGAGCUGCAGCGGCGCAUAACGGAGAUGCUUAUAGCGAUUUUCUAACUCCCACCUCACUCCCUCUCUCACUCUCUCUCUCACUCCCUCUCAUUCCCUCACUCCCUCCCCCUCUCACCCAGUCAAACCCCAGCAGGAACUCAAGCCUGGCCAGGCACCCCCGCCCUCCCUCUCAUGUCUGCCUCACUCGCUUCCAUCUCUCUUUACUCACUCGGCUCCACACUCCCACCCCCCACUCACCCAGUCGAACCCCAGCAGGUACUCCAGCCCCGCCAGGCAGUCAAGAGAGGGGUCUGCCUGCACUGCAGCACUAUCAACACCACCCUCCCUCUUAG